UGUUGAGGAAACAAUACACACGGGAAGCUAUUAUAUCUAAGGGAUGGAUGUGGUUACAGUAUAAAAACAAACUGAAGGUUCUCAGUGUCACCAGUGCUGAAGGACCUGCUAUUCCCGAGCUGUGAUGCGCGUACCAGAUAGAAACAUGAAGAACUGUGUUGAAUAUUCACUGCUUUUUGUCAUUUCCAUUAUUCAAGUUUCCCUACAGCAAAGGAUCAUUGGAGGCCCAGAGGUUAAACUGUAUUCCAUAAAAUACCAGGCGUCGCUACAGUACAACAACCAGCACUACUGUGGAGGAACUCUUAUUCACCCACAGUGGGUGGUGUCUGCUGCACACUGCUGGAAGCCAAACUAUUUGAUCAAAGUAGUGCUGAGUGAGCACGAUCUCUUCAAGAAAGAGGGAGUGGAGCAGGAGUUUAAUGUCUCCAGAACCCUGGUCUACUACCUGUACAACUACAGGACAUUUGAUAAUGACAUAAUGCUCCUGAAGCUUGAACGACCAGCUAACCUGAAUGCUAACGUGCAGCCGGUUCAGCUGCCAAGCACAAACAUGCCACCAUUCUCCAGUGACAUGAUGUGUGUGGUGAGUGGCUGGGGGGUCACGGAGGUCUACAGCUACCAUCUGUCUCCAGUCCUACGUGCUGUAGAUGUACAGAUCAUCCCCACAUGCCAGCUCUACUAUUACUACAAGAUAACAAACAACAUGGUGUGUGCCGGCUCUCCACUGGGAGGAAAAGACUCAUGCCAGGGUGAUUCUGGCGGCCCUCUCGUAUGUAACGGCUACUUUGAAGGCAUCGUCUCCUGGGGCAUUGGUUGUGCCAAUCCAUAUUUCCCUGGCGUCUACACCAAAGUUCGUAACUACAUCCAGUGGAUCAACUGGAUCAUUGACACCCAAAGUGGCUAGACUGUUUUUGUUCUUUUUGCAGCUU